GGCUGCAACAUCAGAGGAAAGCCUUCGUCAUCCUCACCCUUCAUCCGGACCGCCGAGAGUGUCUUUGACAGGCGACAUGCUCCGCCCCCUGUUCCACCUGUGCGCCAUCGUCACCCUGACGUGUGCUGCUCCUGCCCCCUUUUAUGCUCAUCAGGUCAACAUCAGCUCAUGUCCCAUCACGUUUUAUCAGAAAACCUACCAGCAACUCUACCUGAACGAGAGUGAGUCAUUGUUGACGAUCUGUUUCAAUGACUUUUACGACCCUGAAUCCCACCACGAGUGUAUCAUCAUUCCUGCAGCUGACAAUUACACACAAAUUGGUUUUGAGAUAAAAUCAUCUAAUUCAAGCUAUGCAUCACUGAUCAAAGACAACGUGAAGACCAUCACAAAAGAGCUUGACUGCUAUGUGCAUCUUUCAAUGAUGCACAAUUCAAAACCGUACAAUGUGAGACUCGUUAACUUCGGGACACAAGCAGCUCUGCAUCUUGACUUACACGUUAAGACUACUAAGUUUGCGCUUGUUGUAGUCAGCCGUCUCCAUGUCAGCAAUGUGACAAUCCAGCCGCCUCAUUCCAGCGCUUUCCUUGACAUCAGUGGAUGCAGAUUCAUAGGUGCUUUUUUGGAAAGAAAUGCUUCAAUGGAUCUAAGCGACAUCUGCAAAACAGCCAGUUGUGGUGUUGAAGGAAACGUAACACUUACACAAGGCUGUGAUGAAAGACAAAGCUGUACUUUAGACCAGUGUAGCAUCUUGAAGGAGGCACCUUUCUCCUCCUGCAACUCUAGUGUCGAUCCAGAGCUCUACAUAAGCGUAUGCAAGGAAACUGUGUGCAAUCAUCCCGACGUGGAUGGCCUCAGGUGUCGGUUCUUGGAGGCCUACGCCAGAGCAUGCAGCGGGAUGGGAAAACACCUCCCGGACAGCUGGAAGACAGAAGCUCAGUGCUCCCCAUCGGAGACUGGUUGCCAGGACAGGACCUGCAGUGAUCACGAGUUUUGUGGUGUGGUCGGCGGUGCUUCUGUCUGCCUCUGUAAAGAAGGUUUUGCCUCCAGAUAUAACGAGUCAGGCGCCCUGGGAAACCCGAUGGUCUGCUCAGAGAACUCUGCUUCGGUCAGUCUGGCGGGAUGUCUCCUUGAAGGACAAGGCAUCAACUCCUCCCACUUACACCUCAACGACCCAUCCUGCAAGGGUGAGAUGGAUGAGGAGACCCACAUGUUGACCUUCAGCUUCAACCGCAGCAACAUCUGUGGGGCGAUGAUCACGACUAACGGCAGUCACAUCACAUACAAAGCCACCAUUAAAAGCGAAAACCGGUCCUCUGAUGUCAUCACUCGCCAGAACGAGGUGGAGAUAGACUUCACCUGCGUCUAUACCAAACCAGAAACCAAGACUGUGGUCUUCAGAAUCAAAGACAGCUCUGUGGUUCAGUCCAUCGCGUCUGGACCCUGGAGCUACACCGUAGCCAUGACGGCCUACACGGACGCUGCUCACACACGAGCGGUGGAUUCCAGCACUGAAGUGCGGCUGAACCAGAAGAUCUGGCUGAAGCUGGAAACUGACGGGCUGGAUGCAGACACCAUCUCCAUGGUGACCGACUCCUGCUGGGCAACCGCAGAGCAAUCAGACAACAGCACUCCCAGAUACAACCUGAUCCAGAAUGGCUGCGCAAACUCCGCUGACCGGUCGAUACAGGUGGAAGGAAACGGAAGAGGAACCUACAACUACUUCUCCUUCAACAUGUUCCAGUUCUCUAGACACCCCGGUGAAAUCUUCCUGCACUGCAAACUCAAGCUGUGUGUCAGAAACAACAACAACUGUGUGCCGAGUUGUGGUGGUGGAUCUGGUCGAAGACGCAGAUCUGCUCGUCCCAGUUACGGAGGUGAAGCUGCAACCUUCAUCAGCAUGGCCCGGGCCACCUAGGUACACCUGCAACAUUUAUGGAUGUUUCCAUGUCAUUUGUGGUGAUAUUCAGCGCUCUCAGAACAUUUCACAAACUGAAAGAAGUGUUGACGGAGAAACUAUUUUAGAUCAUUUUAAUGUGAACUUCAUGUUACAUAAAUGGCGGUGAAUGAACUUCUGUGGCUGUA